AUGGCCAACCAAACCCUGCUUUUCGCAGGUCUGAAGUUUCUCAUUUUACCGUCCUGCGAACCACCAAGGGUUCAGUUUGUGGCCAAAUUGAUUGAGAACAAUGGAGGCUCUUUAGUGCAAGAACAUGCAGAUGGUGUAAUUAUUCUGGUCACUGAGACAUUUGUUGGCAAUAAUGGCUUGAACAAACUUGAGCUUUUCCAUAGCGAAUGGGAUUACAGCGAAGACCUUUGGUAUAAAGUCAUUACCUGUGAAGAAGGCCGCAUUUACAAGCUCAGUUGGAUUGUAUCUUGCUUGAAGUAUGGAAAACUUGUCGAUCCUGCGGCUUUCACAACAUCGCUUACCGAUGAACAUGAGGUCGUGGUUGACAUCGAUAGCAUUUCAUCGGGUGCUGACUCCACGAAGAGAGACCCAGAUAACUCUGAGGAGGAAACAGACGUGGGAUCUCAAGUAUCCUUGGGAGAUGCAGACUCACAAUUCCCUUUGACCAAUCUCCAGGGUGCGCCCGAAUCUCACAAUACUGACCUCCCUUCAACAGCACCGACCAGAAACAACCCAAACGCUUCUCUGAUCCAGGCUCUUAGCCAAUUAUCCAAGAAAUAUCGUCUACAAGGGGAUACAUACCGAUCGCGAGGCUAUCAAAUGGCCGUCCAAUCUAUUGAAGCGCACGACAAGCCCAUAAGCACCGAACAAGAAGCGUUGGCCUUGCCAAACAUUGGCCCUAGCAUUGGAAGCAAAAUUCAAAUGUUUCAGGAAAUGGGCUGCUUACCUGGACUUGACGAGGCCUUUGAAAGGGAAGAGACACUCGAUUACUUCAUGGGCUGUCACGGUGUGGGCGCCCAAACAGCUCGUAAAUGGGUUUCCCACGGUGCUGACACUUUCGCAGAAGCUUCAAAACUAUUUCCAUCUGAUUUUACGUGGCCAGUAUUAUUUGGAUGGCGAUACUAUGAAGACUGGGCAGUGAGAAUCCCUAGAGAGGAAUGCAGCCAACAUUUGGCGCUUAUUCAAAAAGCUCUAAGUGACGUGGACGAUACAGCCCAUGUAGUACUAACUGGCAGUUAUAGACGCGGAGUGGACACAUGUGGAGAUAUCGAUACAGUUCUUUACAAACCAGACUGUGAUGACAUCCAGGUCUUGUCCGACAUUCUUGAAAAAUUGGUUCUAAGAUUGCAGGAUGUGGGAUACGUGUUGUGUCCACUGAAUUUAAACUACAAUUUGGGCCAGGCAUUCAAACCGACGAUUGAGGAAUUGAUGACAGCGGCCGGGCUCAAACCAAACUCUCACCAAUCGGCGCCUAAGGAAGUUUUGAAGAAAUUUUACUGUGGGGGCAGGAUCCCUCACGGUCAGCACACAAAUACUGUUGCUACCACUUCUUCUGCCGUGAACCACAGGCUCAAACCUGAAGACAGAUUUAUGUUGAGAGCAGAGCAACUUAAUAAGUGUCGUAGAGUCGAUAUUUUGCUUAGCAGAUGGAGUCAGUUGGGAGCGGUAAUGAUAUAUUUUACAGGGAAUGACGAUUUCAAUAAAAGCCUUAGGGUUCGGGCUACCAAGAGGGGCUGGAAAUUAACGAAUAACGGCCUAUAUCACGCUGCCGUCAAUGGAAGCGGACGCGACGUGCUUAUAGAAUCCUUCGAUGAGACGAGGAUAAUGGAAUUACUGGGUAUGCCCUGGGUGCCCCCAAUAAGACGAAACAUAUCCGGAUACAUAUAG